UGGCUAACUCUUCGACUCGCACAAUGACAAUCAGUUUAUAAUAGGAUCAAAUAUGAUUUUCAAAUUAGGAAUUAUUUUCGUAUAUCUUUAUUCAUGUUUAUUAUCAUGUUUAGCUGAAGAUCCAGAAUGUAUUGGCAGCGUCAGUCCCCUCGGCAUGCAGAGUGGAAAUAUCACAAAUGAACAAAUAACAUACUCAUCAAUACGUGCAGAUCUCAAGAAAGAAUACAGCAGAUAUGAUUGCUGCCAAGGUGCUAGCUUUGCUGCAUGGUGUCCGGAGACGGCAACAAUAGGAGAAUGGAUUGAGGUGUCUUUCGACGAACCAAUACGACUGUCUUCUAUUGAAAUACAAAAACCUGUUGGUUCAAGUUCACAAUGGCCAACAGAGUUAGAUAUACUAAUAGAAGAAGCUCAAAGUUUCCCUGGUAAUCUUACAAAUUCAGGAGAGAAAAUAGAACUUGUUCCCUCAAACGUAGUUCAAACAUUCACAUUGACGAAUACCUUUGUAGUAAGGCGUGUUCGAUUAGUAGUAGCAAACUUUACAGAGGAACCAUGUUUUAGAUUCGAAAUUAAUGGAUGUCCAGUAAAAGAUCCUGAUCCACCAGAAAUUCCUGAUUUACCAGAUUUAGAGUUUACAUAUAAUAACCCAGAUGACUUACGGCUUAAAUGCUCAUUCGGUACUACAUUUAGUUACAGUGUUCAGUAUGAUGUUACGUGGGAUGAUAAUGGAAAGAUCCUAUCACAGAAACUUUUACCCAAUACACAAGUGUCCGAUACGUUACACUUUACCUCGGCUGAUCUAGACUUAGUAUCAAAGAUAAAAUGUAUGGUAAAGGCAUGCAAUACAAAAGAUUGCCCUACACUUUUCGGUAAAAAGAAAUCCAGCAAUAUCUUCAGACCAGAAAUAAAGAUUAAGAAUGGAACAUCAUUGACUGUGAGAGAAGGUGGAGAAGAGAGUUUUGUUGUGAUAACAUCGAAUGUUCCCCCGGUUGUUUACUGUAGGGCUCAAAGUCUUGAUGAUGACUGUACUGUGUUUGUACAACUUCGUUCUAGUGAACAAAAUCCAGUUCAAUGCAAAAAUGGACAUGACAUAACUCAGGUUGUAUUUCCUGAGGAAGGAGGGGAAACAAAGUCUUGUACAGUGACAGUGACGUCCGAUAACUGGGACAAAGAUAUCAACAUCCCCGUCAAAGCAGCAAUGGACGGAAUAAUUGAUGGCAUGAAGACAGUCACUGUUACCAUGACAACUAAAGUAGAAAAUGUUGCCAUGAUUACAAAUGUGAAAUCUAUUCAGGUCAGUGUUGAAGAUUCUGACAUGGAUAGUGUAUGUACAGCACAGACUGGAUUGCAUGUAAAGACUUUUGAUAACAGUUAUUACACUGGUAUGAGUGAAGGGGAGCAUGUUUUCUACAAACACAAAUCCUUGCCUGUUGAAAUCCGAACCUUCCAUCGUCAUUGUGGUGGGCUAAGUUUGAUAUGUAUCUGUGGAGUAUCUAUUAGGGUAGAGGAUGAUGUCUUCACACUUGACAAGUGUGGGGGAGACGAUGAAGAAGCUAUCAUUCCAGAACAACCAAUCAGAGCACAGUUAUACACGAUUGGACCUGUUAACCCAGACUUCAGAAUGGUUUCAGUCUAUGAAGGAACCCAGUAUGAUAUAUAUUUACCAUCAGGCAGUGAACUGAUAGUUAAAACAAGUCCAAAUGGCUACCUGAGUGUCUGGUUUUAUCCUUCUUUAAUGGACAUGGACAUGACAAUGGGUUUAUGUGGUACUUAUGACAACAACGCUACCAAUGAUUUUAUGAUGAUGAACGGUAACGUCGAACAAGCUAAUGGUAGAUACGUAGAUGACUUUGUUACUUCUUGGAGGGUCCAGACAGAAGAUUCACUGUACCUUGGAAAAUGUCCAGACAUGCCCGCUGUGUCUACACCAACAGACAAAGAUGUAUGCGAUUGUUCUACAACUACUGCAGACUGUGGUUACUAUGGAGAAGUGAGGACUUGUGGGAUAGCCAAAGAUUUUAGUCGAGGUAUGGAUAAAACUGAUUAUUUGAAGACAAUGAGUAUGUUCCCACAGUACUGUGAUCCAGACUCGACUAUACCUACCCCUGGUAUCUUCAAAGAUUGUGACACAACUAUUGACAAGAAUGCAGCUUGGCAAGGUGCUUGGACAGAAGAGAUAGCCAUGGCAUACUGUCAGAAUCAGACGGACCGUGUAAUAAAAGAAUGUGGAAGUUUUGUGGACUACAUGACAGAAGAUAUUAACAACUGUGUUCACAAUAUAAAGUUUUCUGGAAAGACGAUGUAUGCUUCCAUAAUUGAUGAAGAUUUAGAACAGAGGUGUAGAUACCAGUUACAAAAGAACAUGUCUGUAACAGUUACGGAUGUAUCACUAUGUCCUUAUGAUUGUAGUGGCAAUGGGCAGUGUAAUGAUGGUGUAUGUAACUGUGCAGAGGGUUUUAUUAAUUUUGACUGCAGUGUGAAUGCCAGUGUUCCUGCAAUGAUUACCUCUCUUGAUGAAGACUUAUAUAAUGAGCUGGAGAAGAAUGAUGAUAAAAUUGUCAAUGUUUUUGGUUAUAAUUUUGUAGACAGUGACAUGUUAAAAGGUUAUAUAAGAGAAAUUGAGGUGGAAGAAUCUGGAUACAAUGUAUCAUCCACUUGGUCUGAAGUACAAGUCAUGUUUGUCAGUAGUAGUAUGGUGACCUUAACAUUACCCACCAGAGGGAGCUACGAAGUCACUGUCAGCAAUGUCAACAGUACAGAAAAUGUAGCUGAUCCCAAGGUUACAAUAAGUUACAACCCUGCAUGUUUCAACUGCAGCACCAAUCCUGUUGGCUGUAAACUAAAGGAUAACGUAUGCUAUAUUAAUGGUAAAUGCUACAAUGUUGGUGAUCGUAAGCCUGACAACCAUCUAGAGGGCUGUCUAUCUACUAAUUCUUCCAUAUGGUCAGAUGUUAGUGGUAAAGAUCAGUGUUUUCCUUCAUCGACAAUCAACUGGAGUAAAACCUCAUCAAGUGCUCUUCUGUUCCAUGACUCCAAAGUACUGAAUACUUCAAGUAAUGAUGAGUGCCUGAAUAUGUGUGAAACACAGGCUGAUUUUGUGUGUAGAUCUUAUGAUUAUAAUGGCGUUACAAAAGAAUGUUUAUUGUCAGAGUUUAGUACAGUUAAUGCUGGAUCUUAUCAUGCUAAUCAGACCGUUAGCUCUAACUGGACCUUUGGUGAAUGGACCUGUGAUAAUGAGGCCUGCCCAGGUCAAGAUGUUAAAUGGUCAAAGAUGGACAGUUACCAAGGAUAUUUCUCAAAUGACACACAUUUAGAUGUUUUGUAUGAUGUAUGGACAAUGAAACGAUGUCAGCAACUAUGUGAAAGAAUGGAUGGUUGUAUGGCAGUAAAAUUUGAUGCCAUGUCAGGAAUCUGUAUAUUAGCUGAUGGAAGUCAGAAGAAAGUUGCUGAAGGUUCUGGAACGUUUGGUUACUAUGCUGACUGGGAAUACAGUUAUUACACCUGUGUGGAAGGUGAAAACAAUAAUCAAAGCAUGAAUGUUACAGGCCAGGAGACCGGACCAGAAAUCCCUGUUGCCUCUGGUAUAAGUGUGUUACCAAUGUUUUAUGGGCCUGGUAAUGAUAGUUUUAGAUGUGGAUUUGACGAGGUAGUGAAUGACAUGCCACUACUGUACAGUGUACUGUGGAAGGUUGAUGGAGAAUACCUGUCAGUCAAAGCACCAGCUGUCAACUACACAGACUUCUAUUUAGAUGAAGAACUAGCCAAUCAAAUGAUGGAUGGAUCUACAGUUGAAUGUGGAGUGAGUAUUUGCUUGGCGGAUAAUUGUGACAACCAAAGAGGAAUAUUCUCACUUUCGGAUAUAUACACAGCUACUAUCAAGAUAAACGCUCCAGAUACCCUAGAUUUACCAGAGGGAGAAGAUGCUGAAGAAUUGAUGAUUGAAGUAACAGCCCCUCCAUAUGUCUUGUGUAGGGACCAAGGACUCUCUAUCCCCAACAAUUGUUCAUUCAAAAUAAAAACCUUACAGCCAUCAGUCAAUAAUGAACUGAAAUGUCCAAGUGACAAUAUGAUAGAGCAAGUAACAUCACAGAUAGUAAAAAUGGAAGGAAAGGAACCAGUCUGUGAUGUCACAGUAACUAAUGAAAACUGGAAAGAUGCCAAGUACAUGCUGAAAUUGAAAGCAACUAUUGACAACAAAUUUGAUGAUGACCAUGAAAGAGAUUUACAAGUUUUUGUAGAUUAUAUGGUGAAUGAUGCAGUUGAAAUGGGCAAUGUCACCAAAAAAUCUAUGAAAUUGAAUGUUAUAGACCAAGACAGAAGAGCUUUAUGUAUAUCGGUCAAUGAUCCACAUAUUACGACCUUUGAUGGAGUAUUCUUCAACAAUUACCGUACAGGAGAAUUUGUUUUAUACAAACACAAAAAGCUACCCUAUUCAGUUCAUGCAUUAUAUCGUCAAUGUACCGGUGGGGCUUCCUGUAAUUGCGCUGUAGCGGUAAAAAUCUUUGACGAUGUUCUCCUUGUGGAUAAAUGUGGACCUCAGGAUGUAACAACUACAUCUACUUAUCCAAUCAGAGUAAAGCUUUUCAGAAAUGGUGACCUUCAUCCUGGAUUUAAGAUUUACAGAUACUAUGAAGGUCGAACAAUCAAGGCCGUGUUUCCUACUGGUACUACUGUAACAAUUAUGAGAAGUGCUGUUCCAAGUUAUAAUUUACUGAAUGUAUGGAUCAAGGCCUCAGCUGCUGAUUAUGGACAGACUGAAGGUUUGUGUGGAAGUUUUAAUGAGAAUUCAAUGGAUGAUAUUAUGUCCCCUGAUGGCACAAUGAGCGAAAUAAUAGACACCAGAGCAGACAGUUUCUCUUUGAGCUGGAGGGUAGAUCCAUCCAAAUCCCUGUACACAGGAGAAUGUCCAUCUGGUACUGCUGAGGAUUUGACACCAGAAUCUUAUUGCUUCUGUAAAGAAUCUCAGACUUGUGGAGAGCAAUUGGAUAGAGUUAUCUGCCCAUUUGAAACAGAUGGGGGUAUUGAUAUUACUAGUCAGUUAGUUAGCAAGUCAUUAUUUCCUACGAAGUGUACUGAGGAUGUAGGUCAGUUCCAGUUUCCUCCCUUUGAAUAUGAUCCUAAUUAUGAUGAACCGAUUCCAAAUUGGCCCUCAAAUGGUGGUACCGAUGAGGAACUAGCCAGAUACCAGUGUGGAGGUAUUAGGCUAAAAAAAUCCUACAACAUUCUAAAGAAUGCUCCAGGUGUUAUGUAUGAUAGAGCUUUUGAAAACUGUGUACAAGAUGUUCAGAUCACAGAUUCAUCUUUAUGGGUACAAACUGCACUAGAAAAUAUGAAACAGCAAGCUCAGAUACUUCUCCCAUUUAACAUGAGUACAUGGACUAAUGGUUUUGGUCCUAAUCCUGGUCCACCAGAUGAAAUCUUAGGCCAAUUAUGUCUGGCUGAAUGUGGUAAUGCUGGGACUUGUGUAGAAGGCAACUGUAAUUGUAACACUGGACGUUUAGGAUUGGAUUGUAAUGUUCAGGAAGGAGAGAAACCUGCUAUCUUAUUUAUUGAUGGGGAUGGUUUGUGUGACCUUAGGACCAGUACUUGUGAAGAUGUCAUCCUGUUUACAGAACAAACUCUAGAUGUGGAAUCACUUAGUUGUUACUUUACUACACUUGAGCAAUCUGAAGCUACAUUUCAGUCUGUUGGCAGUGCUGUUAGGGUGAAUGCUACAUUUAUAACAUAUAAUGAACUGGAAUGUACACCACCAUCCAGGGGAAGUUAUCAAGUCCAAAUCAGUAACAAUAAUACCGGAGAAAUCUUGAGUGACAUUUCCAACUAUCUUGUAUAUGAUUCUCUAUGCUAUACAUGUGAUGUGUCAGCACUGACUUGCACAGAAAAGACUACAGCUUGUCUGAUUGACAAUAUAUGCUAUGAGCCAGGAGAGUUCAACCCUAAUGACAUUUAUCAGUAUUGUGACCCAACAGUUAACUACACACAGUGGCAGGUAGCUAAAGAUUCUUGUGGAAUAUUGGACAUUGCAUGGUAUACACAACAAAACAAAGCUGUGAUGGGAGAACAAAUAUCUGAAAUAAUGAGUGACAAUAAUGUCACCAACUGUCAGGAUGCUUGUAUGGCCCAGAGAGAAGCCCCUGUAUGUGAUGGAUUUGACCUUGACAAGGUUACACAGAACUGUUCUUUAUUUAGUGGUGAUGAUUUCUCAGCCUCUGCAGAACUCACAGACAACACCAAUUCUGACCACUCUGAAUGGCUAUGUGUAAAUGAUCCAUGCGGCAAGAGAGGACUUACCUGGACAAGGUAUUCAGGAUUUUCUCUACUAGAACAUAAUGACAAGGAGAUCUCCAGUGUGACAUACAACACACAGUGUCGCAGGUUGUGUUUUCAGGAAACAGACUUUAUCUGUAAAUCCUACGAAUUUAUACCAGCCCUGGGUAUUUGUUACCUGUCAAAAUCUGUUGCAGCUGAUUAUAAGGACAAGUUUGUGUCAUACCCUGGUUUUAUCUAUGAAGACUGGGCUUGUGAUAAAGAUGGAGACUACCCAGUCAUACCCAAAAAUCCUGAAGUUGAAGUAAGCAGUCUGCCUGUUGAUGGAAACUUGACAUUGUCCUGUGAGUUUUCUACAAUCCAAAAUACCAACGACAGUAUAGAAUAUCAUGUAUACUGGGUCAAGGACUCUGUCGUCAUAGCAUCUGAAAUACACAAUGAAAUGACAGAAGAAAUCAAAGUAUUCCUGGAUAGGAAACAUGUUGUUGAUCUGGCAUUCGGUACCAAGUUACACUGUGGAGUUAAAGCAUGCAUACAAGAUAGAUGUAAUGCAACAACAGGAGCCUUCAGACAAAGUAAUGAGAUUGUAGCUGAUGUCAAGAUAACUUCUGACAAGAUGAUUACUGUAGAAGAAGGCAACAGCAGUGUAGAAGUAACAUUUCGACCCAUGGCGCCACCUAGCUUUUUCUGCAGUAUCAAUGACAACAAAGACAACUGUCACAUUAAAUUAUCUGUUACUACGGUCACUGAGUAUUAUGAUGAUUUCUGUGUCAGUGGAAAAUCUUCACAGUUAGUGAUCAAACCAGAAAAUGACAAAAAGUCAUGUGACAUUAUGAUAACCAAUGAGAAUUGGAAAGAAGAAUUUGAAGUUCCUGUUAAAGCUAAGAUUGAUAAUUUAAUUGAUGGAGACCAGAUGAGAAAAGUGGAAUUUUCUGGAAAAGUUGAAUCUGAUUUUGUUGAUUCAGAUGAACACUCAUUCUUUACUGUAGAGGUAACUGUAAAAGAUAAGGACAUGGUUUCAUUCUGUGAAUCUGUUACAGUGGGACACAUCACGACGUUUGAUGGGACACAAUUCAACCACUUUUUGGAAGGAGAGUUUACCCUGUACAAGCAUACUUCAAAACCUUAUGAGAUACAAGCUUUCUACAGAAGUUUUGAUGGUAAAGCGUCUAGAGUUUGUGCGGUAGCUAUCAGAUCUGGUGCUGGUGUUGCUGUCAUUGAUGUAUGUGGCCCAAAAAAAGAGCCAGAACAUAAGUGGCCAUUACUUGUUAAGAUUUACGAAAAACAAAUGGAGAAAGGAACAGAUAUUUAUCGUGCAGUUGAUGGAAAGAUGUUCAAGAUUAUGUUACCAACAGGAACCAUUAUCACAGUUCUUGUAGAAACAGAAACCAGAUCACCAUAUUUGAAUAUUUGGGUUCAGGGGUCAGUAGUUGACCUUGACAAUACUAAAGGUUUGUGUGGAAUGUUUGAUGGUAUGAAGAGCAAUGAUCUACAGAAAUCAGAUGGAGAAUUGUACAAUGUUCCAGGAUUAGUAAAAGAAGCACUCUCACUUUCUUGGAGAGUGAAGAGAAAUGAGAGCCUUUUGACAGGAUAUUGUUCCUCCAUGAAAUCCCCAGAACUAAUGACUUACUGCAGCUGUCCACAGGAAAUGGAGGGGGAUUGUGAUGUGGACCAAAUCAAAGGAAUGUGUUCUGUUAUUGGUGAUCAAUAUGGUGAUGUGACUGAUACUCUGGGUGAAAGGUCAUCCAAACCAAAGUUUUGUGAUGAUGAGAAUGGACCGUAUGAAUUUGAUUCUGAAUACAGAUCUCAGGGUUUUGAUUGGCCAACACCGUCUAACAUUACUUAUGAUGAUGCAGAAACAGCCUGUAUAGCAACUGUCAUCAAUGGUACAGAGGGACAGCUAUGUAAAGAUAUACCUAAUACACAGCUCACACAGAUCAAACAGACUUGUAUUGAGGAUAUUCAGAUGAUGGACAAUUUAAGAGCAGCUAUGUUGUCCUUGGCAACCAUACGACAGCACUGUGGAGAAGAAAUACAAAGAAGUGUGACAAUGUGGUCAAGUUAUGAUGUAGUACACAAGUUAUGUUUUAACCAAUGUGGAGAACAUGGAACAUGCAGACAUGAGAUGAUGAUAGCGACACCUGGUGGUGGUGAUGUUUACACAAACCUGUCCAUGUACAAGCUACAAGUCCCAGACAACAAGUUCCUUACAUUCAAAACUAAAACCUGUGAUAACAUGACUGUCAUCUUAUUAGGAGAAAACAACACCAUGGUAACAAUAGGUGGGGCCAAUGAUACAACAUACACGAUAUCUAAGAAUGAUGAAGAAAAGGUCAGUUUUAUGAUGGAAAACACCACGGAUUGUAAUGAUUACAAACAGUACUGGAUACGAUGGGAUGAUCACAUAGUAGAAGUUGGAGAAGGUUCACUAGGGCGCGAGGCUGGAAUUGCUAUGUGGAAAGAUCCUGAACCAAGUAUGGUAACUGGUCUAGCUAUUUUUAGUGGAGAUACAUCUGGAUCAUGGAUGUUCCCCAUACCAGGUCAUUGUGAAUGUGAUGCAGAUUUUGGAGGAGCUGAUUGUUCAGUUAAUAUAACCAUGCCACCAGAAUUCUGGAGGUUACACAUGAAUGGUUUCUGUGAUAUAUCAGAGGAAUCUUGUAAAGAAAUUGUUGUUUAUGGAGAUGAUUUUUACAAAUCUGAAGACCUAGUUUGUGAACUCCAGAGAAUUGAACUGUCUAAUGAGGAAUACACUGUUAUCAAUGAAAACAAGACAAUGGUAAAAGCUGUCUUUAUCAGCUUCAAUGAAGUGAUUUGUCCAAUGCCAGAAACAGGAAGUUACAUUGUCCGUGUAUCUAACGAUGGUAUGACCUACACACCAGAGAGUAUCUUCACCGUGUUUGAUGAUGAAUGUCAUACUUGUAAUGAACCAGGAAAAUGUGAAUUUAAGGAAAAGACCUGUUUCAUUGACUGGAAAUGUUACGAUGCUUCCGAGAGAAGUCCCGAGAACAGAACUCUGAUCUGUAGUCCAGUAGAGUCCUAUGAUAUGUGGAGUACUACAAAAGUUUAUCCAUUACUCGAAAAGUUACCAGAGGCAGAGAUGAUGUAUAAUGAAACAACAAAGAAAGUUCAAUUCUCCUGUGAGUUUGAAGGUCCUUCAGAUAAUACAACAAAAUACUCUGUUGUUUGGAGAAUCAAGAAAUUUGGAGGUGAAUGGAUGGAAAAUGAGGAUUUAUUCAAAAUGAAAAAAAUUGAUUCAGGAAUGCUGAAAAAUUUCACCUAUGGUUCCAUGAUACAAUGUGGCCUAUAUCUAUGCUACAGUGAUGAUUGUGGGAAUACUACAUCUCCAUUGAACCCUAGUAACAGUAUCCAGGCAGUUAUAAAGGUUAAAGAAAGCAGUCUUGAAUUGGUAGAAGGAGGAGAAAAGGAAGAACUACAUGUAUCAUUAAGUUUUCCCCCAAAUAUGUUCUGUAUGUCUGACGACUGUCACAUCAGGGUCGAUAUCACAGUCAGAAAUUCACAAAAUCUUACAUGUGGUGGAGAAAUGGUACCUCAGAUAGUUAUCAAACAAGACCGUGCAAUGUCCAGUUGUGGUGUUAGUUUUACCAUGGAUAAUUGGAUGGAGGAAAUGGAAUUACCUGUGUAUGCUGUGAUGGACUCAUUAAAGGAUGGUAAACAGAUGGCCAUGAUUGAUGUAGAAUCAGAGGCUAUGGCAGGAGGCAUGAGUUAUAGCGAGGCCAUCAUGAAUGAGGAGGAUGUUGAGGUAACAAUAAUGGAUAGAUAUGCGAAAUGUGUGGCACUAAAUUACCAUACACGUACAUUUGAUGGAAGGAGCUUUAACAAUCUCAACGAGGGAGAAUUUGUUCUAUACAAACAUGAUGAGCUACCCUAUGAGGUACACAUAUUCAAUAGAAGAUGUAGCAAUGAUACCAAUGCCAUUUGUACAUGUGUAGUAGCCAUUAGGUCAGGUGAUGAUGUUAUACUGAUACAUAGAUGUGGACCUGAUGAGGAGGAUAUCCCAUACUUACAUCCAAAGAUGUAUCUUAAUGAUGAACUAACUCCAGGAACAAAGAUCUUACGGUUUAAUAAUGGACAUGAAUACAGAGUUUAUCUACCAACUGGAUCCUAUGUUUUGGUAAGAAAUGGAGUACACAGCACAUACAAAUACCUCUCUGUUGCCAUGUAUUCUUCACCUAUGGAUCAUAAUCACACACAGGGAUUAUGUGGAAACUAUGACAACAACAAAGACAAUGAUUUGAUGCUGGAGGAUGGUAGUAUUCUGGAAACUAAAUCAAUGUAUCCUCACUCAUUCUCUACAAGUUGGAGAGUGGAUGAAGAUGACACAUUAUACAAUGGCUACUGUGAUACAUCUGUAGCCAAUAACGUUGACAGUAUGAUGUUGUGUGAUUGUUUCCAGAACUCUACAUGUACAGAGAAUAACAUCAUGUUUAGCUGUACUGAAGAAGGAGGCUUUGAUCAAACAGAUAGUAUAAUACCAUAUGCACAGAACCCUCCUGAAAAAUGUUUGACCAAACAACCACAGACUUUGUUUAAAUAUGAUGUCAACUUUACAGCUGAGGUUGUGAGUUGGCCUACUGCUUCUGGUAUGAAUGAGACAUAUGUCAGAGAAUUAUGUCAGAACUAUAUAUUAUCAACAAUGGAGGGAAACAUGUGCCGUGAUCUGGUGCCUUCUGUAUUUUACAUAUCUGUCGAGUCCUGUGUUACUGAUAUAGGAUUAACUGAUGAUGAAAGCUGGAAAAUGACUGCCUUAUUUAGUGUCAAGACACACUGUUACAUAAGAGCCAUCACAUACACCAAAUACUGGGAGAUUUCUGGUAGUUAUAUGAUGCCAAAUACGACAUUUACUAACAUGCUAUGUCCAAGUGGCUGUAAUGGUAAAGGAAUCUGCAAGAGUUAUGGUGAAUGUGAAUGUGAGAGUGGUUUUGGUGGUAUGGAUUGUUCUGUCGACACUACUAAACCACCGGUGUUAGGUGACGUGACCUAUGGAUCUCUGUGUGAUACAGUAGAUAGAGAUUGCACUGUAGUUUUCCUGUAUGGUAUGAACAUCCUCAUCAAUAAAGAUCUAACUUGUCACAUAACAGAAGUACAGUCUGAUAACAAAUACACUGUUCCUGGAAGGUUCCUCUCAUUUGAAUUAAUUGAAUGCAAACUUAACUUAACAGUCAGUGUCACUGUAUCACUGAGUAAUAAUGGUGUAAUGAAGAGUAAUGAACUGAAACAGUUUGUAUAUGACUCCAGAUGUGAGCACUGUGAACUAACUGAUGAUGGAACAUUGAGCUGCCAGUCAAGGAAUGACAGCUGUUUAAUUGAUGGAGAAUGCUAUGAAAAUGGACAAGUUUUUCCGCAAGAUUCUACCAGAGUCUGUGAUGCUGUUCAGAACACCACUGUCUGGACAAAAAUACAAAGUACCAGUAUUUCUUGGAAACAAACAAACUUCAUAGAAAUAGUCCAAACAAUGUUGGUGACCACUAAUGUAAAUUUAAGUCUGACUGGUUCACCAAUAACAGUUGAUGGUUGGAAAGGAGGAUUAGCUGUGGAACUAAAUGGCAUGGACCAGCUUAUCGAUUCACCAGAUGACAAUAAUUGUCUGAGUGAACCUGACAAUUGUUUAUUAGGAAUGACCUUCAAAAUAUCUCUGCGACUGUCUAUACUGAAAGAAAACAUGUAUAUUUUAACAUCUGGUGGGGACCAACAAGGGGCUAGAGGAGUUUCUCUGUAUUAUUGGAAAAAGAGAUUAUAUUUGACUAUCUCAACUGUUGAUAAAGAAUGGACAGUAAAAACAAAAUUUACCAAAGUCAAUGCAUUCUUUGACCUUGAAUUUUCAUGGAGUAUUGAUGGUCUGGAACUCUUCAUAGAUGGAAUAAGUGUUGGAAAGAGAUUGAAGUAUAUAAAGAGGAAGAUUAAAGGCUAUAAGAAAUAUAAAUAUAGAUUUGGUGGACCUCUGCUUGGGUUUGGUGGAUUCUAUGCUAAGUGUACUGUUGGAACAUGGCAGACUUGGACGGCCACAAUUAACAUUAAAAAUGCUGUUGGAGUCCUCUCAGAGGUACCAGAACUCACUUCACAACCAAGACUUGAAGUGGAAUUCGAUAAAACUAAUGGAACGACUACAUUUAACUGUGAAUAUGACAAAUUACCCCGUGGGGAUGUGAAAUACAUCAUAGAUUGGACGGUGGAUGAUCUUAGUGUUAAAUCAGAAACAACAACUGAAGAUGGAAGUCAACUUGAAGAAGAUUUGUAUGGAGUUGGUGGAUAUGGGGUCAAGACAAAAUGUACAGUGACUCCAUGUUUUGCUUAUGACUGUGGCAACACAAGAGGACCGUCCAGGAAAAGUAAUAUAUUAACAGCAGAAGUGAAGGUUAUGACAGAUACAAUAGACAUCAGAGAAGGUGGACAGGCAGGCAAUGUUAAAAUCAAGUCCAUGGUUCCUCCAUCACUAUUCUGUGCUCCUGAAGAUAGGGGAGUUAACAGUACAUGUUAUGUCAAGGUCACUACUCGAUUCCAGGAAGUGGAGGAAUUAUGUACCAAUGGCAAUACACACUGGCAGGCUGCAGUCAUGUACAGUAAUGUAAAUGUGGGAGAUACUCCUUUCUGUGGUGGAAUGAUCACUGAUGAUAUGUGGGAGGAUGAACUUUCUGUUCCUGUGAUGGCUACAACAGAUUUAGUUUAUGAUGGAGACGUUACUCGACAUUUAGAUGUUGGAAUUUCAACUUUCUGUGGAACUACAGCCACCUAUAAUUCCACACACAGUAGUGUCAAGGUGAACAUUGAAGAUGGAGAUAAGAAUGCUAUCUGUAGAUCUGUCAACGAUCCUCAUAUGAAAUCAUUUGAUAAAUGGAAGUAUAAUAACUUUUUGGAAGGAGAAUUUAUAUUUUACAAACACAAAGUACUGCCCUAUGAGGUGAGAACAUUUUACAGAAACUGCAAUGGUAAAGCAUCAUGUAAUUGUGCUGCAGCUAUUCGUGUUGGAGAUGAUGUCAUUGUAUUUGAUAAAUGUGGAGCAUCAGCUACCUCACAAAAAGAUACACCAAUAGAUAUCAGACUUAUCCUUAACGGAGAACUUACACCAGGAACUAAAAUAUUUAGACAUGGUGGAGGGAAAAAAUACAAGGUGCACCUUCCUCACGGUGCUGUUGUUAUAAUCACACAAGGGAAAGGAAAAACACCAGAAUUCAUCCAUAUGGUGAAAAUCAAAGCUUCACCAGCUGAUGCCAAUAAUGUAGAAGGUCUUUGUGGUAAUUUUGAUGGUGACAAAGACAAUGACAAGAUGAUGUCUGAUGGAACAAUUUAUACAGGAAAAACUAAGCAGCCUAUUGAAUUCUCUAGAAGUUGGAGAGUACAUGAAAUGGGAAUGGAUUCAAUGUUUGAUGGUUAUUGUCCAGAUGACGUGGAGGAAGAAUCCACAACAACAUACUGUCAAUGUCACACAGGCAUGGGAGAUAACUGUGAUUCAUACAAUUAUUACACUGACUGUUCUCCACCAUUGAAAAACAAGAAAGGGAAGAGGCGAGGGAAGGACAUAACAUCAGAGUUGCUCAUCAACAAUGUAUACAAAGCCACCAAGUGUUAUCUACAGGAAAUUAGAAUUCAGUUUGAAUUUAACAUUCAAUGGGUGCAGGCUGAAGUUGUAUGGCCUACACCUAAUGGUAUAACUGCUGAGUCAGCUAGAUUGCUGUGUGUAGAGAUGAUAACAGGGAGUAGGUUUGACAGCUGUGCUGCCUUGCCUGGUAUAGACAUUGAUGAAGAUGUGGAGGGAUGCAUGGAAGAUAUACAGUUGACUGAUAAUAUGGAUUGGAAGCAGGAAUUAGUCCAGACAGUAGACGAACAAUGUUCUAUACAGCUGUCGUAUAAUAUCAGUUUAUAUAUACUAGUCAAUGGAGUGUUUGAACUACCAGAUUUAUUUGAACAACUUUGUCCUGGUGAUUGUUCAGGAAAUGGAGUUUGUGAUCAAGGUGUAUGUAUAUGUAACAAUGGUUUCCAGGGUGAUGAAUGUGAUAUAUCUACAACAGACAAACCUAAUUUAUACUUCUUAUCUACCACACUGUGUGACAUCCAGGCAGAAUCUUGUGAUAAUGUAAUUGUGAAGGGUAUUAACUUUGUGGAUCUGGCAACACUAACCUGUCACUUCACUAAAGAUGAUGGAACAAAAACAACAUCUUUAGCACUGUUUGUAAAUAAGAAUUCCAUUGUCUGUACACUUCCAGGCCUGGGUAUAUACCAGCUAUCAGUCAGUAAUGAUGGUACCAAUGUAGACAAUUCACUACUUUUCAUCAAAUAUGAUUCACUAUGUAAUGUCUGUGGUGAAAAUGGCUGUACAGUCAGGACUGAUGUGUGUGUUGUGAAUGGUGUUUGUUAUGCAGCAGGAUUUGUAGACCCCAACAAUGUCAGCUCUGUUUGUAUUCCAGAAACUUCUAUGAUAUCAUGGUCUAUCAUCUCAAGAACUGAUAUUAUUGUGAGAAGGUAUACAUUUAUACAAAUUAUCCUCAACAUUCUGAUCACAAAGACCUACAAUUUUACUCUUACUGGUAACCCUAAAUUGAUUGAAGGACCAACAGGAGGCCAAGCAUUGGAACUCAAUGGAAUUGGUGACUUUGUUGAUCUUGGUGAUCGGACCAAUGACUGUAUAUUCAAUUUAGAAAAAUGUAAAUAUGGUUUGUCUGUCAAAUUCAACUUAAAGUUGUUAGAAUUAAAGGAAAAGAUGUACAUUUUCUCCAGUGGAGGUGAUCAAAGUGGAAAAUAUGGACUUUCUAUGUGGUAUUCCAGAAAGAGGCUCUAUCUUACUGUAAGCACCAAAACAAAAAUUUGGACUGUUUAUGUACCAUUCAAAAAGUACCUGAAUACAUUUGUCAAUAUAGAGUUCUCCUGGAGUGUUCAAGGAGGACUAUCUUUGUACUUUGAUGGAUUCAGGGUAGCCUAUACCAAAGAGUACUUUAGAAGGAUAACAGCAUCACUGUCCGGUAAAUUUUACCUCGGUAGACCUAUUGGUGUUGGUGUGUACUGUUGGAUGAUAAUAGAUGGCUGGGAUAUAGCCGAAGGUACCAAAGAUAUAGUUAAAGACUUGGAUGUUACUGUUGAAUCACCAGAGAUUAAAGAAAGACCAGACAUGAUGAUAGAUGAGAAUACUAAUGGCACAGCUAAUGUCUUCAAAUGUAAAUUUGUAAAGUUAGAAGAAGAUGGACUAUUGUACUCAGUGACUUGGUCAAUAAAUGAUCAUUCCAUCAAACAUAUCGACCUUGCUGUAGAUGUGUACAUGCAUGAAUUGGAAGAGGACAGCAUUCAGAAACUGGAUUUUAAAGACCAGUUGUCGUGUUCAGUAAGAGCCUGCAGAGCUAACCAGGAUUGUUCCCCUUGGAGAAGGAGUAAUGUUAUUAUAGCAGAUAUAAAGCUGAAGACAACUGAGUUGACAGUAUUUGAAGGAAUGGUUCCAGGUUAUGUAGAAAUCACUGCUACAGUUCCCCCAUACAUGUUCUGCCUCCCCGAUGAUCGUGAAAAAUACUGUGAUGUCCAUGUCACCACAAAACUACUACGAGCAAAUAAGGAAAAGAAAUGCCCAAAAACCAAAGUGGAGAUAGUCCAGGCGGUAUUUGGUGUUUGGGAUGCAAGUGAAGAUUCUAAACAUCCUUGUGAAUAUAGAAUAACAAAAGAUAAUUGGAGAAACGUUAUCAUGAUACCUGUUAAAGCAUCCAUUGAUUCCUUAAAGGAUAAAAACCAAAAGAGAGAUAUAGAAGUCAACCUUUACAUCUAUAGAUCAGGAAUACCGGCAUACACAUCUAAACUGGGAAUUGUUGAGCUUGAAGUAAAAGAUCGAGAUAAAACAGCCACAUGCAAGUCAAUAAACGAUCCUCAUAUGACUACAUUUGAUAAACUGAAAUACAAUAACUUCUUUGAGGGAGAAUUUGUUCUGUACAGACACAAGACUCUGCCAUAUGCUGUCCAUGUAUUCUACCUAAAUUGCAAUGGACAUGCUUCAUGUAAUUGUGCCGUAGCCGUCCAGUCUGGCGAUGACGUCAUAUUGAUCGACAUGUGCGAACAGGCUAAAAAUAAAGAGUAUACUAAAAAGGGAAAGAAGAAAUCGAAGAAGCUGGAUAUAAAAAUGUUCCUAAAUGGAGACCUUACUGAAGGAACUAUUGUGGAAAGAAUAGGUGGAGGUAAAACUUACAAGAUUUACCUACCAACUGGAGCUUAUAUAAAGGUGAAGAAAGGAAAGAAGAGAACAAGUCAAUUUAUAAAUGUACAAAUGAAAGCCUCCUCGUCAGAUUUUGGAAUGACUGAAGGUUUAUGUGGUGUAUUUGACGAUGAUAAAACUAAUGACCUGACACUAAGAAGUGGACUGAUCUAUGGUAGCAAUGAAAAAGAACCGAAAGGCUUCUCUAGAGAUUGGAGAGUACCAGCAUCAGAAAGUUUAUUCAAUGGUUACUGUCCAACCAAAGCCAAGACAGUAGAUAUUGGUAUGUACUGUAACUGUAUGGAGGACGAGACUUACGAGUGUGCUGUAGGGAUGGACUAUCAGGAAUGUAAAGAAAUUGAAAAAAGGAAAAAAAAAUCUUACAAGAAGAAAGGAAAAAAAGAUGUAACUGCACAGCUGAUAGCCAAGGCAGAGACACCAGUUGCAAGAUGUAUUUCUACUGCAAAUAUCAUUACUUUCGAGUUUGAUAUUAACUAUGAACAAGGGGAACUCUCAUGGCCUACAAAAAGUGGUAUAACUUUAACAAUGGCCAGAAAGAUUUGUGUAGAAUAUAUACAGGCCAGACCAGUUGCCCAGAGGUGUAUAGCCUUACCUGGUAUGGAUGAAAUAUUUGAUCUGACAGUAGCAAGCUGUAUAGAAGAUAUACAAAUCACUGAUGAUAUAUCAUGGACUUUUGAAGCAGUUGAGGAUGUAACAGACACAGGACUGAUUAUUAUAGAAAUAGAUAUAGAUUUUUGGGUAACAGUUGGUGACGAUGUAAUACCAGAUCCUCAGAUUGCAGAUAACAUCUGUCCAAAUGAAUGUUCAAAUCAUGGAUUAUGUAAAGAAAGUGAAUGUAUCUGUUUUGAUAUAUGGAUUGGUGACGACUGCUCUAUUGACAGUACUUUACCACCAGAGGUCACUUACAUCAGCUCACAGAACCCAUGUGAUAACAAUGUGAAGAAAUACAAAUGUUUGGAGCCAGUUAUUGUUGGUGCAAACUUUGCUGACACAGACAAUCUUACCUGUCACUAUGAAGUUUUAUAUAACAAUUUGACAAGUACUGGAGAAAUGGGAACAGUUCUGGCUGAGUACAUCAAUGAAGAUAGUGUCAGCUGUGCUCUACCUAGAAUUGCUAUCUAUAACAUCACGGUCAGCAAUGAUGGUAUUGUGUACAGCGACUGGGUCACUCAUCUGGUUUACAAUGGGUAUUGUGACACCUGUACAGAAGAUGAUGGUUGUACUAUAAGGAAUGAUAUCUGCUAUAUUGAUGGGGUGUGUUAUGAAAAUGGAUUCAUAUUACCAGCAGACCCAAGAGUGGGAUGUAGGAUUGCUAUCUCAGUAACAGUUUGGACUGUCAUCCAAGUGGACUCUGUGGUUGAGUACCAAUUAUUCUUCAUCAGAAUGGAUGGGACAUCAUUGGUUGUGCCUUCAGGUACGAUUGCCACUUUUGGUGGAAUGUCACUGAAUCUUAAUCAGAACGAUAAGUUAGCAUUAAGUUUUAAUGGAGCUGAUCAGUAUUUAAAGGUCGUAGAUAGUGCAGGAGGAUGCCUCUAUGACCCUGAGCAGUGCUUUUUAGGAAUUACCCUAUCGUUUACCAUUAAAUUCAGAUCAUUAAAAGAAAACACAUAUUACUAUACUAAUUGUGGAGAUCAAUCAAAUUCUGCUGGCUAUGCAAUCUAUUAUAAAAAUGAAAGAUUGUACUUCAAGGUCAGUACAAGGACAAGAGAAUGGACAGUAUUUAUUUCUGAUGUAGAAACUGAUAGAUAUUAUGACAUCCUUAUGUCAUGGAGUGUUCAGUUUGGAUUAAAUAUUUACAUCAAUCUGAACAAAGUGGGAGAUACCACAGAUUAUCUUCAAAGAAAUGUAGAAAACCCAACCCAAUGUGAUUUGUAUGUUGGACGUCCCAAUGGAGCUGGGGAGUAUGCUGACAUAGUGAUGGAAUACUGGCAUAUUUUGUUGGCUUCCAGAGAAGUUCUCAUAUCUAUAGGAUUUGUUAUUGGUUAUCCGUCAGUUAGGAAUCCUCCAGUUUUAAUACCAGCUCUAGAUGAACAUGGAGAAUCUAAAUUUACAUGUGACUUUGAUCGACUGUCUGGUUAUGAUGUCAAAUAUACUGUCAAGUUUUAUUUCAAUGAAGACAUACUUAGAGAGAUUACAAUAACAAGAGAUAAUGAUUUUGCCAUUAUUGAUGAAAAUGAUUUCCAUGAGCAGUUGUAUGGCACUGCUAUAUCUUGUACAGUACAAGUUUGCUAUGCAGAUAGCUGUGCUCAAAGUAAAGGUGAAGUGAAAGUCAGUAAUACUGUUUAUGUAGCAUUCAAGUUUUCUCAGGAGGGAAGUAUCGUCCUUCAUGAAGGUCAGCCACCUACAGAGCUUACUAUUCAAAGCUACAUCCCACCAAGAUUAUUCUGUGAGAGAGGCGCUAGGGAAUAUUCAUGUAAAGUAGAACUGAAAGCUUCCAUCAGACCAGCAAAUGAACUCCAAUGUUCAGAUGGAGCAGAUCUAGCCCAAGUUGUGUUUUUCCAAACCGGUGAGUCUGCUGCCGAUACUUGUGGCACUGAAGUUUCUACAACAGAGUGGAAAGAUGAGUUUAAACUCUUCAUGAAAGCCAGAAUAGAUGGUAUUAAUGAUGGAGAUAAGAAGAGAUCACUACAAUUGGAAGCUGUUGUUACUCAAGGAGAUGGUGUUGUUAAAUAUGACAUUGGUCGUAUAGAACUGGACAUUAUUGACAGAGACAGACGGGUCGUUUGCAGGUCACGUGGUCAUCCACAUAUAAAGACAUUUGACAAGAAGAAAUACCAUAACUACCUAGAAGGAGAGUUUAUUUUAUAUCGUACUAAAUCUAAUCUGUAUGAGGUGAGAACCUUCCAGAGGAAAUGCAGAUCUAAUGGAAGAUCCUCGUGUAAUUGUGCCGUGGCCAUCAGGGCUGAGGAUGAUGUCAUAUUAUUUGAUGUAUGUGGUGCUGAUUAUGACUUUUCUACAACUGAAAAAGCGUUAACCAAGAAAAUCUACAGAAAUGGAGAUUUGACAGCUGGUUUUACUGUAGAAGAAGAAAAAAAAGGAAGGUCAUUCACUAUUACCCUGCCAAAUGGAGCAUCAGUGAAAAUUGAAAAGAGAAAGAAAUAUCUACAGGUUUGGGUUACUGCUGGACCUGUUGAUUUUGAAAAUGUUGAAGGUUUAUGUGGAAAUUUUGACGGCGAUAAGACCAAUGAGUAUAUGAAACCAGAUGGCACCUAUUUGGAUUCUAGUAACAAAUAUCCUAAUGACUUCAGUAAAAGUUGGAGAGUACCAACAGAAGAUACUAUAUAUAAUGGUUUCUGUGGAAAUAUUGAUGCACCAGCUGAUUUAGGCGUAUACUGUGAAUGUAACUCUGGGCAGGAUCCUGUAUGUUCCAACAACCGUGACAUUACUGCAUGUGCAAGAAUCUCCAAGAAAAAAGCUGUAGAUAUCACCAAUGAUUUGCCAAUGGAAGAACCAGUAAAAUGUAGUACAACAGUAGAACAGAUUAUCUUUAUAUUUGAUAUCAACUUUAAUAUUAUUAUCAAUUUACCUUCUUGGCCUGUUAAUUCUAUUACUGAAACCAUAGCACGUGAGAAAUGUACAAAUGAUAUUAAGUUGUCAACAGUAGGCGUGGCCUGUGCCGGUUUUGGUAUCAUCAUCGACUUUGAUGACAUUAUUGAAGAUUGUGUUCUUGAUGUACAGCUUAAUGGAGAUUAUGAGUUUACCGUAUCAGCCAUAAGUGAACUGAGAGUAACAUGUAUGUUUUCAAUAGAAACCAACAUAACAUUGUUGUUACCAGAGGGACCAGAUGAAAUAGAAAUACCAGAAUUUGUUAACAAUAUCUGUGUUGAUGAUUGUAACGCACAGGGAACCUGUGUUGAUAGUGUUUGUCAAUGUAAUGCAGACUACACAGGGACAACAUGUGACACCAUGGUAACAGAUCCACCUAUACUCAAUGCAAUAUUUGGUGGAGUGGCCUGUGAUUUAGACACCAAUGAACAUAACUGUACACUGUUUAUUGUCCAGGGUGUCAGAUUUAUUGAUAAUAAUACACUCACAUGUCAUUAUGAAUUAGAAAAUGGGGGAACAGUUAAAUUUGCUGGAGAUUUCAAGACAACAGAAGAAGUGUGGUGUCCAUUUAAUGGAGAUCUUGGUCAGCACAAACUGAGUAUUAGUAACGAUGGACUGAUGGAAAGUAACCAGUUGACAUUUGUUGUAUAUACUUCAGCAUGUAAAGAUUGUACUGACUUAGUUUGUGUAGAUAGGGAUGAUAUAUGUACUAUCAAUGGAGUAUGCUAUGAACUUGGUGCACUUAACAUGCUGAAUUCUGGAGAGUUCUGUAACACCACUACUUCUACUACAUCCUGGAGUACACUCAUAGUGUCAGAGAUUAUACCAUCUCACUACAACUUUGUGAGAAUUACUGGUACCACACUUAUAAUCAAGAUUAGUAUAACUAUCAGUAUAGACAUUAACUUGAUUGGGACACCAGUUCUUAUAGACAUUCCUUCUGGUGAGAAAGGUGUGGCUUUGAAUGGUAUUGACCAAGCAUUAGACUUUGGAGAUCUCAGUUACAAAUGUCUAGGAGACAUAGAAAAGUGUUCUACUGGGCUUACCAUAACUUUCAAUCUUAAACUGAAAGAGAAAAAAGAUAACUGUUAUAUAAUGUCUACUGGCGGUGAAGAUAAAGAUAGUUACGGACUUGCCAUGUGGUAUACCAAGAAAGGCAAAUUAUAUACUCGUGUCAGUACCUCUAAAUAUGAAUGGACUGUGUACACAAAAGAUGUGGAAAUAGAUGAGUAUUUCAAUGUCAAGUUAGCGUGGAGUCGCAGUGAAGGAUUAGCAUUUUAUAAAAACAAUAAGAGGAUGAAGAAAUCCAAGAAACGCCAAAAGAGGAAAGGCUCCAAACAUUUGAAGAAGAAAUAUUACUUUGGUCGAUCAACUCAUACUACACCGUACUUUUGCAAGAUGGAAAUUGAUGGAUUCACAGAAAUACCAGCAUCAGAGCAAGUAAUAGAUAUAAUUGAUGUUCCACUAGAGUUGCCAACAAUGGAGAAGGAUCCCGUCCUGAAGGUUAUGCCAUCAAAUGAAACAUUUGACCUUCAAUGUACCUUUGAACCUUUGACCACACCAUAUAUCAACUAUAGAUAUACAGUGAGAUGGUAUUUGGGAGAUACAGUAAAAUCUACAUUUGUUAUGGAAAAUAAUUCCUUCGUCAGUGAAAUCAAUAAGGCAGACAUUGGUGUGGCAGUUUAUGGAGAUGAGGUCCGUUGUGCAGUGUCAGCCUGUUACUAUGACAACUGUGACAACACUGCUGGUCCUGAUAGAAAAAGUAAUGAAUUUAAACUGUCUGUUAAGAUAAUGACAAAUAGUAUUAAAUUGUAUGAAGGAUUUGCUGGAGAAUGUAUAAACGUAAUGGCAAUGGUACCACCAAGUACUUUCUGUGAUAAUGGUACAUGUCACUAUCGUAUAGAUUAUGGAUUUGAAGAUCGGGAGAAGUACACAGAGAGUACCUGUGCUGAUGAAAGCAUUGUACCACAAGCAGUGUUUUUGACAGAUUCCAUUCAGAAUUCUCCAUGUCAUGUUGUCAUUACUGAAGCCGAUUGGCAAAAAGAAACAUGUGUUUAUGUUAGAGCUGUAGCAGAUGGACUCAAAGACAAGAACAAGAAAUUACAUGUUAGACUUACAGUUUCUGUUGAAAUUCUGACAACAACAGUUACUCAGAUAUCUCAGACCUCCUACCCAACAGUCGAGGUUGAAAUCAUUGAUAAAGACAAGACUGCAGUUUGUGAAUCAACAGGAGAUCCUCACAUAACAACUUAUGAUGGAAGGACUUAUGACAAUAUGUUAGAAGGAGAAUUUGUUAUGUACAGACACAAAACAUUGCCAUAUGAGGUAAGAGCCCUCCUGCGAGCCUGUAAUGAACCAAGACAGGCCUCAUGUAAUUGUGGUGCACUAAUCAGGAUUGGUGAUGAUGUAAUAGUCUUCGAUAAAUGUGGAGCUAAGAAGACAAAGAAGAAUAAGAAGAAACCUCUAAAACCCAAACUGUAUCUAAAUGGAGAAUUAACCCCAGGAACCAGUAUAAUCAAAUAUAAAGGUGGAAAGAAUUACAAGGUUGUGUUUCCAAGUGGUACAUAUGUCAGAUUAGAAUCACACAAGAAUGGACGAUUUUUAAACAUGUAUGUGAGAGCAUCUUCAUCAGAUCUUGAAAACACAGAAGGUUUGUGUGGUUUCUUUGAUGGUGAUGACGCUAAUGAUUUGAUGAAAUAUAAUGGAAUAUUGUUUGGAGGCAAAUCAAGAGAAGUAGAUGAAUUCUCGUCUAGUUGGAGAAUUGAUGAAAUGGGUGUGGCCUCCAUUUAUUCUGGGUACUGUCCACAAGUAGUUAUUGCAGAACAAACCAUUAUUCCACCUUACUGUAACUGUGGUGUCUCAACCCCAACAUGCUAUAGCAACAUAGAUGCUCUGGGCUGUGCACGAUAUAAGAAAGACAAGAAAGAGAAAGGAAAAUAUUGGAAAAAGGCUAAAGAUGUGACUGACUAUUUGGUAUCCAAGGCUAUAUCUCCACCAUCUGGUUGCAUAGCAACACAAAUAGAAGUGUUUGAAGCUAACAUUACAUACAUACCACCAGUAAGGACCUGGCCCACACCUAAUGGUCUUACAGAAAUAACGGCCUUACAGCAAUGUAAAGCUGUGAUUGAAGCAGAUAUAUCCUUUGCUGGAUGUAGAAAUGUAGCAGCCAUUAACCUUGUAGCAGCUUUAGAUUCAUGUGUUAUAGAUUUACAGAUCACUGAUAACAUAGAAUGGUCAGUAGCUGCCUUAGAUACUGUGCUUACCAAAUGUCAGAUAGAAAUAGAGAUUAACAUUGAGCUCUGGGUGAAUGUGUCAGGAUCUUUAAUACCUAACCCAGCAAUCAUAGAUAAGAUAUGUCCUGGGUCAUGUAGUGGUAACGGAGACUGUGUUGAAGGUGUAUGUAUCUGUACUGGUACCUUUGAAGGUGAAGACUGUAGUGUGGACACUACUGCAGUAAUUGUCCUAGAACCUUUAGAACAAGAAUUCUGUGAUGUAUACAGUAACCUAUGUACAGAGAUAACGUUGAUUGGUGAUGGGUUCUUAGAAACAUCAAUCAUCCAAUGUGCUAUUAUAAGACAACAGAAAGUAAAUGUCUUUGUUGACAUAGGCAGUGAGAUACUGAUUAAUGCGACAUACAUCAGCCAGGAAGCAGUCACAUGUAAUUUACCGGACCCAGAUAUUUUCAAGAUCACAAUUAUUAACAACAAUAUCAGAUCAGCAGAAAGUUUGACGUAUGUGACCUAUGACCCAUUCUGUUAUGAAUGUACAACUACAGGCUGUACUGUCAAGUCUGAUGUAUGUACAAUUGGUGAUAAUUGUUAUGGUAAAGGAUUCUUUGAUGUUGGCAAUGCAGCAUUAGGAUGUAUUCCUAAUACCAAUACAACCACAUGGACAAUAAUUACUCAAAUUGAUAUCACUGUACUGACCUUCAUCGAAAUAACCGGAACGAUUUUGAAAACACCUAGUCUGGAUAUAACUGUACAUGGAACAAUACCAACUUUAACAGAAAAGGAUAACAUCAUGUAUUGUCCAUUAGAUGGUAUAUCACAGUAUCUAGACCUUGGAGAUAAAUCUAAUAGCUGUUUGGGAAAUCCUUUAUUGUGUGGCUUUGGAAUGACUGUCCAAUUUAAUCUAAAGAUAAUUAAGUUUGUGGAGAACAUGUACAUUUUUACUUCUGGUGGUGACAAGCCAGACGGCUAUGGUGUGGCCAUGUACUACAAGCGUAGCGAGUUAUAUCUGACAGUUAGUACUACAACGAUGGAAUGGACAGUGAAAACCAAGAUAAAUGUGAAUGUGGUGGUCAAUAUAGAGUUUUCUUGGAGUGUCCAGACUGGAUUAGCACUGUACUUUGAUGGGACAAUGGUAGCAGAAACCAAAACAUUCAUCACCAGAGAAGUUACAGUAUCUACUUAUAUAGUUACUUACAUUGGGGUAUCCAUAGACCUUACUAUAUUUGCACAUAUUGAAAUAGGAGAAUUGAAAAUCUCAGAAGCCACAAGGGAAACCAUUGCAAGAGUGGAUGCAGCCGAUGAAACCACAACAGAUAUCAUGACAACAGAAAUGGUUACCAAUGCUACCACAACUGAAAUGGUCACCAACGCUACAGAAACACCACACACAUCAACUGGGACCUUAUCUGCAGGUUCAGUUGGUACAACAGAUUCUACUUUCUCCAUGGCAACUGGCAUAUUUACAUCAGUAACAGGAACAAAUACAAUUGGAUCAACUGUAACCAUGACAACAGGAACAACUGAACCAAAAGCUAGUGCAACAACUGUAACCAUGACAGAAGAAACAACUGAAUCUGGAACCAGUGGAACAGCUGUAACCAUGACAACAGGAACAACCAAACCUGUAACUAGUGGAAUAACUGUUACCAUGACAGAAGGAACAACUGAAUCUGGAACCAGUGGAACAACUGUAACCAUGACAACAGAAACAACAGAAUCUGUAACUAGUGGAACAACUGUUACCAUGACAACAGGAACAACUAAAAUGGAUGAAACUAGUGGUACAACUGUUGCCAUGACAGAAGGAACAACUGAACUUGAAACAAGUGGAACAACUGUUACUUUGACAACAGGAACAACUGAACUGAAAACUAGCAGAACUGUUACCAUGACAGAAGGAACAACUGAAUCUGGAACCAGUGGAACAUCUGUUACCAUGACAGAAGGAAAAACUGAACCGAAAACUAGUGGAACAACUGAACCGGAAACUAGCGUAACUACUGUUACCAUGACAGAAGGAAUAACUGAACCGGAAACUAGUGAAACAACUGUUACCAUGACAGAAGGAACAACUGAAUCUGGAACCAGUGGAACAGCUGUUACCAUGACAGCAGGAACUAAUGAAACCCGUUCCAUUGGAACAACUGUUCCCAUGUCAAUGAGAACAACUGAAUAUGAAACCAAGGGAGCAACUGAAUCAGAAUCUAGUGGAACAUCUGUUAUCAUGACAGUAGGAACAACUGAAUCUGAAACCAGUGGCACCACUGUUACUAUGACAACAGAAACAACUAAUGCAGGUACAGAUGGAACUACAGUUACAAUGACAACUCUAACUAGUACAAGUGGUACUACUGAAGUAAGGGGAACAGUGUCUACUGGAACAACUUCAGAGUUCUCUUUGAGUAGUGAAACUACAACAGAGCAGGAUACAACUACAGAUAUAGGCACCACAACAGAAUCAGGAACAACAACAGUGAUAGGCACCACAACAGAAGGAGGAACGACAACAGAGGGAGAAACACUAACAGACGGCACAGCCACAACAACUGAGGCAUCAACCCCAACUGACGGCACAGCCACAACAACUGAGGCAUCAACCCCAACUGAUGGCACAGCCACAACAACAGAGGCAUCAACACCAACAGAAGGCAUAGUAACAACAACAGAGGCAGGUACUACUUCAGAAGGUACCACAGCUGAGGAUACAGCCACAUCAAUGACUGAGAGAACCACCACUGGUAUGUCUGACACACCUGCAGCAACACGAACAGCUGCUACUACCCAGGCUGACACAACUACAUUACAACCCACUGAAAUAACAACUACAGGUCAGUUAAUGACUGUAUCAGACACAUCUACAGUACAACCCACUGAAAUAACAACUACAGGUCAGUUAAUGACUGCAUCAGACACAAUUACUGGUCAGUCAACGACUGAAACAAAACCACAAACAACCACACAAGAAGACACUAUAACACAAGAAACAAGCUCGGUUGAAACCUCUUCAAUACGGGUUGAGUCAACUACUCAAAAUAUUAAGCAGACUGAAAUAACAUCACAAGAAGCAACUACCUCUCAAGUAUUGACCUCAACAGAAUCAGCCGUUCAGGAAACUACAACUAAAUCUGUUGUUACAACCUCUGAAUCACUGACGACAACAGAGAGUCCAACUACAACAGUUGUAGAAACAACAACCCCAGUCCUGACAACAGAGCAGACGACACAGGGAUGUAUAGGACAAAACAACAGUUAUCCUGCGUUAACUAAUAACCCAAGUCUGUCAAAUUCGGUUAGCAGUGACAAAUCAUCUGUGAUAUACACAUGUCAAGUCGUAACAUCAACAGAAGUUGGAGCCAUUCAUAAAGUCAACUGGUAUGUGGGAACAACACUCCUCAAAGAAACCACUGUGACUACUGGAAAUGUUGUUACGUUAAAUUCAAAAGAUGAUAUGGAUGCCAGUCAACGGGCCUCGGCUCUUAAUGAUGGGGUAUCUUGUGGAAUGACAUUAAGCAACCCUAAUAGAUGUGGUGAUGGUAUGAGUCCUGAGUUAAACUCCACUGCAGUCACACCAUUCCAACAAACAGUUGACAUUCCUGACGAGAUAACCUUGGUUGAAGGUGAAGCAUCCACGGCGUUCCCUAUCACUAUUUCACAGAACUAUGAUCUGUACUGUACUCUUACCUAUGGUAAAUCAUGUGAUAUCGAGAUAGUAGCACAUACAGUUGUUCCAGCCGUGAAGAAGAAAUGUUUCGAUGGUAAUGACAUUGAUGCCAUCGCUGUACAAUCUGAUUCUACAGACCCAACCACGGCAACCCCUGGUGUCAAAUUCAUUGGCAGUACGAAAACAUAUUCUCUAAAGCUUAAAGCAAGAAUUGAUAGAAAGAACUUCAAACUUCCAUUAACAAGACAAGUGAAGAUUGUACAGAUUGAUACGCCAUCUGGUGACAGUCCAGUGGAAACGAUAAUUAAAACAGUUAAUGUGACCUUGAAUGACACAUAUUCUACAGCACAAUGUCAAGCUACCGGUGAUCCUCAUAUUAAGACUUUUGAUGGCACAUACUAUGAUGCAUUGUUUACUGGAGAGAUGAUUAUGUACAGAAAUAAAGAUUUUCAAGUUGAGGUACGAGCGUACUUUAGUCAGUGUCAACAAGGAAGCUGUAUCUGUGGAGUAGCAUGUCGGGCUGGUGAUGAUGUCUUUAAACUUGACAAAUGUCCACUGGCAGGUCAAACACUUGACGCCUACCCUAUUGUCAAUACUGCAUUCACUCGUGGUAACUCAUUUACACCAAUGUUCAAGGAAUACCAAGAGUUAAAUGGAGAGAGAUUCCAGAUACUUUUACCAACUGGAACACGAGUAACUGUGAGAAACGAUCAUAAUGAAUUCAUGAAUCUUUACAUACAGCCUUCAGCUCAGGAUAGAAACAAAACUGAAGGAAUGUGUGGAUCCUAUAGUGGAACCAAAGACCAGGAUCUAGUAGAUAUUAACGGUGUUACUCAUACUUUACCUACUGAUAAAAGCCCUGAUGAUUUCAGCAAGAGUUGGAGAGUUGACCCGGCUAUUUCUAUAUAUGAUGGAUACCAAGGAACCGUAAACAUGCCAACACCUGUUUAUUGUGUAAGCUUUGAUGAUGGAAGCACGACCUGUGAUUACUUCAAAGAUAUUGACCUCUGUACAGUACAUAAGAAUGGUGUCGAUAAAACCCAGGAUCUACUAGAAGAAGAACAAGACAGAAUUGUGGAGCAGCAAGCUACUGUUUUAAGGAGGAGGAAGAGAGAUACGACUUCAAAUACAUUUACUUAUGAUCCUGACUUUAACAAUGUUCCAAUUGUUAUUACUUGGCCUACAAGUUCUGGCAUUACUGAGUCUCAAGCAAGAACAUACUGUCAGGGAGCUGUUCAGUCUUCAGCAGGAACUAACUGUGCUAAUAUUGUUGGAAAUACCACACCAGAUGUUGAGUCAUGUGUUAAUGAUGUUGCGUUAACAGAUAGUAUGGUCUGGGUUGAUGCUGUUAUCCAGAGUAUACAGGAACAGUGUUAUACAACAGUGACCACUGAUGAGAACCAAUGGUUGGAUACAGGCUCAGGAACACCAACUAUACCAACAAACAUUGAUGAUAAUAUCUGUCUGAAUGACUGUAAUAAUGCAGGAACAUGUUCUCAGGGUGAAUGUAAUUGUAACGCUAACAGAUUUGGACCAGACUGCAGUGUGAAAAAUACAGACAAACCAAUAGUCCUAGCAUCAUAUAGUAAUAAUGUGUGUGAUCUGUCUAAACUCAACUGUACACAGAUACAAGUCUAUGGGGCCAAAUUUAUCAAUGGUACAGACUUAACAUGUCAUCUCACAGAAGUUACAGUUGGAACUAAUGGAAUAACAAGCACAUUAGCAACAGAGAAAGUGAAAGCUAUAUACAAAAGUAUAGCACAUGUGGUAUGUCCAAAUCCUAACAAGAAAACUGUGACUGUGGCUCUCAGUAAUGAUGGUACUAACCCAAGUGGCCAGCAGUCCAUUUAUGUGGCCUAUACAUCAAGUUGUUACACAUGUACAGAAGAUGCUACCACUGCUAUAGCCACAUGUACUACAAAUCUGGCUAGUUCCUGUUUGAUUGGGUCUGUAUGUUACCUUAAAGAUACCAAAUCUCCUAAUGAUCCUUGUAUGGCCUGUAGACCCAGUAUAGCAACAGAUAGCUGGUCCAAAGUUACAGGUUCUGGCUGUGAAGAUAAACCACCAAAUGAAGAUGGUUCAGAAAUGAAUGCUGUGACAAUUAUUGCAGUAUCUGUCACCAUAGCAGUUCUUAUACUUAUAGGAAUUAUAGUGGCUGGUAUCUGUGUAUAUCGUAGGACCAGAUUAAGAAAAGAAAAACUUGAAAGUGCUGGAAAUUCUGAAAUAGAAUACAGAUCUAAAAAUCCAAAUGCAAUGGUGCCAUAUUUUCCUCCCGGUCAGGAAUGGACUUAUGCCUAUGAUCAUCCGACAAACUCUAGUGUAUAUCGACCACAAAGAAUAGCUUUCUAUGAUAAUAGAGCAGCAUUAGAUGAUUAUUUUGAAGACUAAACUGUUUAUACAUGUCUUCCUUACAUUACAUGAGACUACCCUUUAUUAAACUUUUAAUGUUAUUGAAUGCUCAAAAUAUACAAUCAUAGAAAGAUUCAUUAAAUAAGCUUAUACAAGUCUUUAUUUUUUAUUACUAAAAUGAAUUGGUGCAAUCCUAAUGUUUCAUAUAUUUGGAUGAAUAUUAGGGCAUUUGUUUUUAAUGUAGAAAUUUUAGCAAUAUGUUUGUCGGUAAAAAUAUUGUGAAUAUAGCUUGAAUUUAUGAAGUUAUUAUUUUUUAAAUUUUUACUCUUUUUAGAAUUAUAUGUUUAUACAAGAUGCAUUUUAUAUACAUUUUGUCAGAUGAAGAUAUCGUUUAAAAAGUCAUUCCAUAAGUUGGUUUUGUUUUGAAAUAUAUAUAUAUAUUUAUAAAUGUUCAGCCUCUUUUAUUCUACAGUGUAACCCAUAUCAUCUUGAAAGUUUUUUCUCUAUGAAAUUAUAUGUACUUUCAAUAAAUAAGGAUAAAGAAAUUUGCCUGUACAUUCAAGUUUCAUCAACUGAAAAAGAUUUGUUAAAUAGCAUAAUACUACAUAUCUCUAUAUGACAUGUCCUCACAAUUGAAAUAGUCUGUCAGUUUUAUGGUCCUUUCAAUGGAAGGUAUAUGUGUUAGAUGAUGCCUAAGCAAACAGAAGCAUAUUUAUAAGUUUGAAUGUCCCUUUGGUAUCUUUUGCCUCUCUUUUAUGUGAAGUCCAAAUAAAAUAUCUAGAAGAAGGUUACAAUAAAUGUCUCAAUUUCCUUAUUUUCAAAUCAUCAAAUAUUUCAUAUUGUACUGAUGGUAAAUUGUUAUCAAAACAAACAGCAUUCCAUUUCUUAACAUUUUUUACUUUUGUACUAGUUUAAAAUUUAAGGUUACUCUUAGUUUCAAAAUACCAAAAUCAUUGAAGUAGGGACAAUAAAUAAAUUUUUGGAAACAUACUUUCAACAAGUAUCAGAUUAAAUGGUCAGUAUUUAUGUAAAUAGAAAGAUAUAUAUGAAUAUAAAGCAUAGAAAUUUUGGAAUGUUCAAAAUGAAUAAUUAAGUACCUUAGGUACUGUGUUAAUGCCAUAUUUACUUCUGUUUCUACCUGUAUGUAUUUUUAGACAAAAUAAUUACUUUAGCAUUUUACAUUUAUUUUGGGCAUUUUAACCACUAUGAAAUUUUUAUAUCAUUUGCUAUCUCCAAAUAUCACAAUAAUUUGAUCUUCUAUUUUGUAUGGUUACUUUGGUAAAUUACUCUCAGACACAUUCAAGUAUGUUGGUUUAUCAUAAAAACAUUCACAUUUAGAAACUACAUCAACAAAUUAUUGUAUAUUUGGUUCCAUUUAAGUUAUGUUACAAAUAUUCCUUUAAAAUUGUAAAAAAGCUAUCACUUUAUUCACAAACAAAAAUGCAUUUUAAUUUUAUGAGUUCAAAAAUUCACCACAACUUAAAUAAGAUCCCAUAGACACACCAUGUCUUUAAACAGAGUUUAAACAGGAAAACUGACGAUAAGUGUGCUGAAAAAAACAUGUUUCAUAAUCAUAAACAUUCUAAUGUUUAUUUUUGUGACACUGUAUUGUACAAAUGAAGUUGUAAAAAUCAAUUUUCUGUAAUUGAAUAAUACAAUUAUUCACAACACAAUUUUUUAGAUAAGGAAAGUAGCCUUAUUUGUCAGAUACAGAAGUUGUUGGUAAAAUAUAUAAAUGUCAAGAAUUGCUCAACACAAGGGAUAAUUAACCUUUAUGUUUUUGUUAUUCGUAUUAUACUGUUCCAAAGUUGUUUAUAUAAUGUAAUUUAAAAUUUUAUAAUAAAACAUAUUUUUGCAAUAA